AUGAACUUCGUCGUUUCGCAGCGCGCGAAAGUCGGGCCGCUAUUGGUGGACGGGAAGCCUCGGGAUUGGGGCGACACGCGGAACUCGGAGAAGGAGCUGAGCGACGUGGGGCUGAGCGCGCGCGCGGGACACAAGAAGGACCGCGGCGGGUGCAUCGGCGCGUUUCAGCGGCUGUGGGGCGGCAUGGAGCUGAGAUACAGCUACUCCAAGGCAACUCCGGAUGUGAAAGAGAUGGUGAGUGGCGCGGAUGGGUGGGAGGAGGCUUUUGAGUUGACUCAACAGUCACGAGUCACGAUCAGUGGGGCGGCAGCGAGGGCAGCGGGGCUGCACCGAGUGGUGGUGGAGCAGCGCUACGCCUACACCACGCUCGUCGCCUCUGCUGACCUGCUGCCUGCCGCGCUCUCUCUCACACACGCACGCACACUGCGCUGCCCCUCCCCCUCACCCCUCCUCUCCCGUGUUUUUUGUGACAAGUUCGGGUACAUGAUUCAUUGCGACGACCGCGCCUUGACGCGCAUGCAGGCAGCAAGAGCAGCGGGGCUGCACCGAGUGGUGGUGGAGCAGCGCUACGCCUACACCACGCUCGUCGCGUCUGCCGACCUGCUGCCUGCUGCGCUGGCCCACGCGCAGUCCCUCAGGCUGACGGGCACGGCGCAUGACCUGGUGCUCAUGGUGGAUGGGAACGCGCAUGACGUGAAUGUCAAUGACCGGCUGCUGCUGCUGCACUUUGACCACGUGCGGCGCGUGCCGACAGUCACUAACCCGUACGGCGUGAAAGGCUUCUCGAAGCUCAACGCGUGGCAGAUGACGGAAUACGACAAGGUGGUCUACAUCGAUGUGGAUACGCUCGUGCUCGCCAACCUGGACCACCUCUUUGAACGCCCCGAGCCCACCGCCGUGCCCGACGUGUACAUGAGCAGCAAGUUCAACAGCGGACUGCUCGUGCUCAAGCCGUCCCAUGUGAGUCUCUCUCUGGUGGCAAAACAGUCCACAUACGCUGACAUGAUGAGCAGGAUGCACCGCCUGCCGUCCUACAACAAGGGCGACCAGGGCUUCCUCAACGCAUACUUCUCCGGCUGGUUCCACAUGCCGCCCGCGCACCGCCUCGCCGCCCGGUACAACGACGUCAUCUUCUUCCCCGACCACUACCACCCGCCGCCCUGGUUCCGCUUGGCUUCUACUCGACACACUUUUGAGGCGCCUCAAAAGACUUCCCCGACCACUACCACCCGCCUACUUCUCACAUUCUUGUUUUCCUGUCUGUGCUCCCCCCUUCUCCCCCCCCCCCACCAGUCCACAUAUGCUGACAUGAUGAGCAAGAUGCACCACCUCCCCUCCUACAACAAGGGAGAUCAAGGCUUUCUCAAUGCAUACUUUUCCGGCUGGUUCCACAUGCCGCCCGCGCACCGCCUCGCCGCCCGGUACAACGCCGUCAUCUUCUUCCCGGACCACUACCACCCGCCGCCCUGGUUCCGCGUCGAAGCCGCCCACGAGGCCCUCAACGGACCAAUCAUGAUGAUCCAUUUCGCCAACCCCUGGUUCAAGCCGUGGCGGCUCGGGACGCAGGAGGGGGGGGUGGUGGGGAUACACGGGGAAGGGGGAAGCGGGGGAGGCGGAGGAGGGGGAGGGGGAGGGGGAGGGGGAGGGGGAGGGGGAGGGGGAGCAGCAGGUGGGGGGAGUUUGUCGUCUGCGUUGUCGUCGACUUUAGCGUCGUCUCUCACAUCGGGUCAGAGCGGGGUGAGCCGAGAGGCAGUAGAGGCUGCCGCAGCAGCAACUUUACAGGCGGUAGCAGCAGGAGGGAGCGUGAACGGCAGUGCAGGAGCAGCAGGAGCUGCUAGUGGGGUGAUCGAAGGCGGAGCAGGAGGAGCAGGAGGGGCAGGAGGGGUGGUGGUAGCAGCAGACGGCGGCCCACAGGUCAAGGUGAACCUCUGGUGCUCGCUCUGGCUGUACCUCGCUCACGCACUGGAGGAAAACGACUGGUACCCGCUCGACCCCACGUCCAUCUCCCUCACGCACUUCCUCCCCAACCGUGCUCAGUACGACUCCCUCCUCCCCGCCCACGCUAAGGCUCGCUCCGCUUCCGCCGCCGCCGCCGAAGCAGCCGCAGCCGCGGGAGCAGCAGCAGCGCAGACUGCAUCUGCUGCGUUUCCAUCCACGCCAGCUCUGCUCUCCUCGCCGGUGUCCCACGAGCCGGUGAUUCCCGGCCGGCCCACUUACAUCGGACGAGAGGGCUUCGUCACUCUCAUCACUAAAGAUAAUUACUUUGCGGCGGGCGUCUGGGCCGCGUCGUACCUGCAGCACCACUCCUUCUCCUCCUUCCGGAAGAUUCUCCUCCUCGUGCUGUCCACGGUCCCCAGAGACCACUGGCAGCCGUACCGCAAGCUCUUCAACUACGUCCGCGUGGUUGACCCAAUAGUGGUCAACGGGCGGCAGCUGGACGAUGCCUUCGCGGUGCUGCACGCGUGGAACCAGAAGGGGUUUGACAAGCUUGUGUACGUCGAUCCGGUGGCGCUUUUCGUUGAUAACUGCAACGAGCUAGUUACCAGUUACGACGCGUUCGCCGCCCCGCCGAGCGUGUUCCCUCCGGACAUGUUUACCUCCCGAGUGAUGGUUCUCCAACCCAACUCCACCACAUUCGAAGACAUGGUGGCGAAACUCCCGGUUUUACCCUACCCGGAAGGGUCGGUGGACCGGUUUUUGAACGCGUAUUACUACGGGUGGUUCUCGUGGGCGCCUGCGCACCGCAUCCCGCCGUCGUUUGCGGUGGACAUGUGGUUCAAGGAGGGGUUGAUGAAGUUCUUUGUGCCGUGGCGGAUUGUGAUGUUUGACUCGCGGGCGGUGCCGUGGAGUGAUAUCAGCGACUGGAUGGCGCAUGAUCGCACCAAGGCUGUGAAGCUGUGGCGACGCACGUUCUGCAGUUUGGAAGACACGUUGAGACCACCUAGUCUGGCGCAUUUGUGUGCGGAUUUGAUAUGA